AAAGAUAACGUUUUCACAUCACUAGGAAGUACUGAUAAAUCAUAUAUUACUUUCUUUUUCGUAUAUUAAAGCAGUUAAAAAGCGAGCCCAAACUAAUAGAAAUGCCGGCCUUUCACUCGGAAAUCGAGGAGUUCCAAGCCUCGGUGGGCAAUAUGGCCAUUCUACCGCUACGUACCCAAGUCCGAGGACCAGCGCCCAAUGUUGAUAUUCCCAACGACAUCAUCGAUGAGUCACUUUACUUCUGGAAAUCCAACAUUUUCUUCCGCACUUACGAAGUUAAGUCGGAGGUGGACAGGGUGCUUAUCUACAUCACGCUCUACAUCACGGAAUGCUUGAAGCGAUUGGCCCGCUGCACGAGUAAAUCGCAGGGUCAGCAGGAGCUCUAUACGCUGGCCAUCUCCCGGUUCGAUAUACCCGGCGAUGCGGGAUUCCCGCUGAAUGGAAUAUACACGAAGCCCGAGGAUCCGGAGCUGAUGCGUCAGUACAUGCUGCAGUUGCGCCAGGAAACCGGAAACAGAUUGCUGGAGAAGGUAUUCGAUACUGCGGAUGGAAAGCCGAGCAAGUGGUGGAUAUGCUUUGCCAAGAAGAAGUUCAUGGAGAAGAGUCUUUCGGGACCGGGAAUGUGAAUGAAUUGCAUAAGUUAUUUCAAAGUUUGUUAACUCCUUUUUUUUUGACUGUAUUAAUUGUAUAGUAAAGUAUUAAAUCGUUAAAUUCCUUGUG